AUGAGACAACUUGUCGUGUUUAUUAUUUUCAUCGGUCUCUCCGCUGCUAUUGAAUGCUGGCGAGAGCAACGGGAUAGUGAGAAGACCACGCACACCAAAGAUAAGACAAAAGUCCAAUGCCCGGGAUGUAAUUAUUGUGUGAAAUUCGUUUUGACGGGCUCAAUAAGGGGAACGAUUUGGGAUUGUGGUUGUGAAGAGCAAAACGAUCUUGGGACUUGCACGAGAGAAGGUCACGAAUCCGAUUCGUCGGUCGACCCAAAUACAGGGCUUGUCACCACUUUGGACUGGUAUUGCUGUGCAAAAAACAAGUGCAAUUCGACUGGUGCAGCUCGUCCCAAAUGGGCGCUCGUUUUGUUGGCAAUUUUGAGUGUGUUCAUGGGGAAAUUUUUG